UUUGUCAGUGUACGCGUACGCGUAUUUCUAUGGAUAAAAUUCCUUAAAUUGGUUGUUUUUUCAUUUAUUCAAAUAGAAAAUUGAGUAGAAAACAGGAAAUAAUUAAUAAAAGUAUUUUCAUUGAUUCCGUGUCAAAUAUAAGUUGUGGCCAGACAUAUGAAACUUGUGUUAAACGUGUUCAUUUUGAAUUUCGAAGCCUUCUACUAGAUGCAUUUCGGCACAGCAGUGCCGUCUACCGAGGAGUUUCAACCAUCGCCAUAACACCCAAAAUGACAAGCCAACCCUUUCGUAGGAAGCCGUUUAAAAUUCUCAACACUUUCUUGAACACGUAAAUAGAGACAAUUAAUAAAAUCAGCAAAUAAACCAAAGUUAAACUUUUGAAGUGAUUUAGUGUUAGUGAAUUUGUUCCUGUAUUUAUUUAAUUUAAUACGAGUGAUAUUAGUUUAAGUUAAUUAAGUGACGUGCCAUAAUUAUGGUGAAUUUGUGGUGUUUGGUUUUCGCCGCUGUGCUUGGCUUGGUGGGCGCUGACAGGGACAGUCUUCCACCUACUUGUGAUAGUUUAAUCUACUGCCAUGGGCCGCUGCUGCAUACGGUACAAAUGGCUGGUCUCUACAAUGACUCCAAGACCUUCGUUGACAUGAAGAUCAAGUUCUCUCCCAACAUCACACUCGAACAUUUUAGAAAGAUGAUGGAGAGGUUAUAUCCAAUGGAGCCAACAAAAGCUGAUAUCCAAGAGUUUGUGAACCAGAACUUUGAUCCUGAGGGUUCAGAGUUUGAGGACUGGAGGCCCACCGAUUGGAAAGAUAAUCCAGCAUUUCUACAAAGGAUCAAGGAUCCACUUCUUCAUCAGUGGGCGUCGGAUCUGAACCGGCUGUGGCUGGAGUUAGGCAGAAAGAUGAAGGAGGACGUGAAGAAGAAUCAGGAUCUGUAUUCCAUCAUAUAUGUUGACAAUCCAGUUAUUGUGCCUGGUGGACGUUUCCGUGAGUUUUAUUACUGGGAUUCAUACUGGAUCAUCCAAGGAUUACUGUUGUCAGAAAUGAGAAGCACCGCUAGAGGCAUGGUCUCCAAUUUCCUUGAUAUUGUCGAUAGAAUUGGUCUUAUUCCAAAUGGUGGAAGAAUAUACUAUGUUAUGAGAUCACAACCACCUCUUCUUAUACCAAUGGUCCAGUCAAUAAUGGAAGAUUCCUUCGACAUUGAUUUCCUCAAACAACAUAUACAUACAUUAGAUAAAGAAUUUGAUUUCUGGAUGAAAAAUCAUACAGUUGAAGUUGAACAUGAUGGUGAAAAAUUCUUUAUGUUGAGAUACGCUGAUGGAUCCAAAGGCCCAAGACCAGAGAGUUACAAAGAAGAUAUAGACUGUGCUAAACAUUUCGAUACAACUGAUAAGAAAGAAGAAUUGUAUGCAGAAUUAAAAGCAGCAGCAGAAUCUGGUUGGGAUUUCUCCUCGAGAUGGUUCAUAUUGAAUGGCACUAACAAAGGCAAUCUAACAAAUCUGAAGACUAGAUCAAUAAUACCAGUGGACCUGAACGCUAUAAUGAGUUGGAACGCAGAGAUAAUGGCUGACUUCUACCAACAUCUGGGGAACGUGGACAAAGAGAGAUACUACAGGAACACGCACGCUAGAUUAAUGGAAGCUAUUGAAAAGGUGUUAUGGCACGAGGACGUGGGGGUGUGGCUGGACUUCAGCCUGGAGUCGAAGCGACGCCGCGACUACUUCUACCCCUCCAACGUGGCGCCGCUCUGGACCGGCAGCUACGACAAGGCCCGCACUGAAUACUUUGUCAGACGAGUUAUCAAUUAUCUAGAUAAAGUUAAGGUGGACAUCUACGAGGGCGGUAUCCCCACGACAUUUGAGCACUCAGGCGAGCAGUGGGACUACCCGAACGCGUGGCCUCCCCUCCAGUACAUUGUGGUGACAGGACUCGCCAACACCAAGCUGCCUGAAGCCACGCGCCUCGCAUACGAGAUGGCCACCAAGUGGGUCAGAUCCAACUUCGAGGUCUGGAAGCAGAAGACUGCUAUGCUGGAAAAGUACGACGCGACAAUAUUUGGAGGGUACGGUGGCGGCGGAGAGUAUGUGUUGCAGACCGGCUUUGGCUGGACCAAUGGUGUUGUGAUGGCGCUGCUCAAUAGAUACGGAGAGCGGUUGUCAUCAGCGGAGGCGUUCGGCUCUGAUGCGGUGGAUGGCGCGGUGCAUGGCGCGGCCGUUGGUGCCAGCGGGGUUGCCACUGCCGUGCUCGUUGUCAUGGCCUCUGUCGCUGCAGGAGCGUUAGGACUCAUGGUAUACUGGAAGAGGAAGGACUAUAUUACUCUGACUGGAGGGGAAGAUCUCAAGUUGUUAUCAAGAAGACCGUACACUGAACUAAGAAGUAUGAACGGAUCAUCUAACCAGAGGCAACGGUGAAUUAGAAAAUACCCCUACCACGGUAACUCGAAUGUAUUAGUAUAAGAAAAAAUACUGCAGUGACAUUUGUACUUUAGUGUCUAUUUUUGUCAAAGAUAAUAAAAGCUUCAUAGCUUUCGUUAUCUUGACAAAGACAUAUGAAGAUAGUGAAAGCUAUGAAGCUUUCAUUAUCUUGAUAAACAUGAAAGCCAAGAGUCACGGCAGUUGAAUAACGGUUAGUUAUGAAAGAAUUGGUCGAUGGUAUUACUAGAUUUAAAAUAUGACGUAUAAAAGAUAGUUUUUUUUUUUUAAUUUGCAAUUGAAACUCGAGCAAUCAAACGAAAACUUCUCUUAGGUAACUAUUUUUGUCGGAUGUAUUGUUAGUCAUUUUAUAAAUUACGAUUCAAUGUCGAAGUAACCAUUCUUGAUAUCUUUUGGUAGUGUUUAUUAAAAACAACUAUAUUAAGCAAACGUGAGAACUUAUAGGAAAAAAUUAUAUUAAAAUAAAGCAAUCAAAUUGCUGAGUAUUUAACGUUCGAGUUUAGUUAAUUUUCGAUCGAGAAAUAAAUGGUAGGGGUCUAAUGUCAAAACUCUUAUAUAAUACGUUUCUUGCUUAAAAUGUGUAUAAUAUCAGUUCUUUAAAGCGCUGUGAAGAUUAAUCUGUAUUUUUGUUUUGUAUAUAAUAGUAAUAAGUAAAUAUAUUUUCUCGUAUCAUGUGAUUUAGUUAUCAUGGGCGUUGAAAUGGUGCAAAUAUUCAAAACAUCCUCCUUUCAUCUGAAGUUAGCUAGGAAAGAGUGAAAUAGCUAUAUAAGUGAACAUAAGUGCGACAGAGACAAAACAUUUCUUACGUAUUCUAUCGAAUGAACACUUUUUUGAUUUAAUUAAAUUUUUAUUAAAUCUUACAAAUAAUUAAUUUUGAGAAUGGCUGUGAUUUGACUUUGUAUUCAGAUUAUUCUUCUCAAAGUAUAUAAAAUAUUUUAGCAUCUUACAACAGCCUGUAUUUUGACUUCAUAUAUACAUUUUUUGGGUAAAAUUAAUUUAGCUAAUUUAUAAAUUAAAUAUUAGUAAUAUAAAUGUAUUGAUAUUUGGUCAAAACGUUUUAGUGUAGCUCAAUUUACUUUCGCGAUUAGAAGCAAUAUUUGUAUACUGUUGUAUUUAUUGCCAAAACUUGUAACAUAUAGCCAUCUCUUUCCAUCUUGUUGAAAAAAAUGGAGACAGCUAUAUUUUUACAAGUCUUUCGGCUAUGAAAUUUCACAGUAACAUGGCGUUGUGAAAUCAUAUUUUUUAAUUUUUAAAACCGGAUUUUAAUUUUGUUAGAUUUUAUUUCAAAUAUACAAUCGCUUUAAAUAUUUAUAUCUAUUUUAAACUUAUUAUUAAUUUUGGUCAUAAAAUAAAAGGAUAAAUCAUUGAAAUCUCCUUUGACUAUAAAGAAAAGGACUAGGCAAAGAACCUCGUCGUUGUACUAAAUAAACUCCGCCACAUUUUCAAAGGGUUAGGUAAAUAGGACAAUCUCGCUUGUUGACAUUUAUUAACGCAUCCUGACUUAAGAAUUUAUUUUUAAGUUAACUUGUUGCUUGAAGCUUUACAGGUCCUGUAUCUUAAAAGUCAAAGGAAAUCGAUUUCUGAGAUUAUAAAUAUUGUGGUUAUUAUACAAUUAAUAAAAUUUGAGUGUCUGUAUGUAACGUCGAUAAAAUGAUUCGUUUAUUUAAACAUGACGUAUCCAAAUUGCUUACAAUAAAAAAAUUCUAUCUGUUUGUAAAUGUUUUUUCCGGGUAAUCUCCGAAACGGCUGGACCUUGAUACGU